UAACAAAGUCUUUGAAAAUCUUUCAUAUUUCUAUAAUAGUGUUGGAUUGAAUUUGUCAACAACAAUUUCAUAUUGGUUUACACUAAUUCAGUGAAGUCAGAUGUUUGCCAUCAGACCGCCCCUCCGUGAUAUUAUUUGAGUCUUCUGCAUCCUUCCAGAUCUUUCUCCUUUCAAAAAAAUAUUUUCAGCACCAGACCAUCGUUUCUUCUCACCACAAAGACCAGCAAACUAUGUCAUGUUGAAAGCUGUUAUCAAAACUAUAAUCACGAGUGCAACACGGCAGCACAGCCUUUAUGCAGGUAUGGUGAAGACAGAAAGAAAUUGGCUUCUCUAUAAGUUUGACUGAAGAACUACUUCAGUGAAAAGGAUUCAAUGGAUUUCAGUAUGGCUGAACAAGUCGAAAUCAAGAAUGAAGAUGACAAACCAACUGACCUGCCAGAUGAGAUUAAGGAUUGGAAUAAACAUCACGUGAAACAAUGGGCUCUCAACAAGGCUUGUGUGGAUGGUGAAUCUGCAAAUAUCUUGCUUCAGCAGAACAUUAAUGGGCCCAGUCUUUUACUUUUAGAAAAAUCUGAUUUACUAGAGGUGGGUGUCACACUGGGGCCUGCAAAGUUGAUCAUUCACAAGAGGGAUGAACAUUUGAAAUUUAAGAAAGAGCAGUUGAGUAGCCCAACAACAAAUCAGUCUGGGAGACCGUGCAAGCCGUACCCUUUUCAUCGACACCAUGAUGCCUGCAGAUACAAGGCGAACAGCGUUCUUGAUGUAACAGAAUCCGGUGCAUCAGACUAUAUCGAACCCUGUCAUGAAUAUAAAGGAUACAUCCAUAUGUCAGAGGCAGCUGUGGAGAGCAAAAUGGAAAAGUUCACUGAUGAGGUUAUUCGAUUUGCAGCAGCCUGCAUGAAUAGCCGCACUAAUGGCACCAUACAUUUUGGAGUUGGUGACAAGCCAGACUUUGUUCAUGGGCAUGUUUUGGGAGUUAGCGUCCUGGAUAAAGAGGCAUAUGUCAAUGCUCUGCCACAAGCCAUUAAGGGUCAUUUUGAGUAUAGACAUAUCCAGACAGCCAAGAUGUGCAUCAAACCACCUCGAUUUGUUGAGGUUCUCAAUCCUGAUAUGACAUCCUCAGAGAAGUAUGUGAUAGAAGUGGACAUCGUGCCAGACUUUGUGAUCUGUCAAGAGAACUUCUAUCACGUUUUCCGCUUGGAUACAAGGAAAUCAAAGAAGUCCAAAUGCAAAGAAACAGAGAAAGAGGAGAAAAAACUCUUCUUCAUUCGUGAUCACAGCAGCAGCAGGGAUCUCCUUGCACUAACCACUUUUGCCAAGCCAAAGGAAGAAUACAAUAGGUUUCUCGACGAUGUGCCACAGCUGUCACUGCUAAGAAAACAAGCGGAGGAAAAUCGCCUUAGUGUGGUUAAAAGUAGUGUCCAGGGCUCCAGACUAAGUGAAAUGAUAACAGGUGGAUCCCAAUCCUUAGACAAGUCCCACUUCGAGCGGUAUUUGAUAGUGACAAACAAAUCACAUUUAGUUCAAUUGGAAUCCCUGGGAUUUAUUCCUGAACUAAACCCAACUGCUGUUUUGGACUUUGACCCUGAGUCGGCAAAACAUGGAUUGAUGAAACACUUUGAAGAGCAGAGUACAAUAAAUAUCCACUUGCCAGUACAAUAUAAAAUCACAGAGGCUGUCGAGGACAUUGCUAGCAAGCUAAAACUGACUCGAAACACCAGCUGGAUCCUCUGCAAUGGGGGUAUCAAAAGAGAGAGACCCUCAGAUGUAGAUGACUGGUUAAUAGAGAAAGGAGCGUCUGUACGAAAUGUGAUUUCAUUUCUGUGUCGGAAAGAUGUGCUACCACACAAGAGAUUCCUGGUUAUUUUUAUAUUGCUGUCUACUGUGAGUGAGAAAAUGGACCCUCUGCUUGAGACCUUCAGCACAUUCUGGCAGGAGCUCAGAGGAACAGAGCAAAUACUUUGCAUCUGUGAAAAUGAAGAAGCAUUCACCUGCUGGAGGGACCUGAUUGAAUCCCGCUAUGGAUUAGACAUUAAAGCAAGAUCAAUCUAUGAGCUCAGUUUUGCUGAAGUUAACGGCACCGUCCUCAGCCUGUGGUCAGACAACCGGAAAUCCAGCCGUUUCCUACCCUGUGGAGGAGGCAGCAAAGUGAUGUUAAAAAAGAAAGAAGAGGGCAGCUUAGACAUCCUGAAUGUUCUGUGUGUGAAUCAGUGUGAGGGAGGAAAUGAAGACAAGGCCAUCAUACAGGAGAAGUUCUACAAAGGAGGAAAGGUGUUAUGGUGGAACUUCUAUUUCUCUGAGCAGCCAGGAUCCAUGCCAUUCAUCAAACGGGACAAGUUUGACUUCAUCAUGAACACUGUCCUACCAGCUUUGAGCUCUUUGAGAAAAGCUUGUGUGUCCUUCAAACUUUUGCAUGUCCCAGGAUGUGGUGGAACUACACUAGCCAUGCAUAUAUUAUGGGCACUGAAAGACAAGUUCCGUUGUGCUGUUCUGAGGGACAGAACCGCGGAUCAUGUUGUUGUUGCCGAGCAGGUGGUCAAGCUACUGAUGUAUGAGACAAAAGAACAAUCUCCCCGGAUUCCUGUGUUGCUCAUGCUAGAUGACUUUGAGGAGAUGGAUGACGCAUAUGAUUUGCAGCAGCUCAUUGAGAAGGAAUGUGUCAAGAAGGACAUUGGAUCUAGGUCCCCGCAGGUCAUUCUACUCAAUUGCAUGAGGACUGAGUCUUGGGAGAAGACUGAAUCAACUGAAGACACUGUGUUCAUUGGCAAUAACCUCUCUGAAAUGGAGCAGAGGCAGUUCGAGAAAAAACUGGAGGAGAUUGAGAAGACCUACAAGAAUGCAGAUACAUUCUACGCUUUCAUGAUCAUGAAGAAGAACUUUUCACCCGAGUAUAUACAGGGUGUGGCUCGCAACACCCUAAAGAGCUUCAACAUAAAUCACAAACAUGCACAACUCAUUGCUGUUCUGGUCUUGUUGAAUGUCUACUGCAAGGGUGCAACACUCUCAGUCUCUCUCUGUGAAGAGUUUCUUGGCCUCCAGACCAAGCCACAUAGUGGGUCCUCUGAUGUUAAGGCUGGAUUUGGGAAGUUUUCCACUCUAGUGACCUGCUGCACAGAGGAGGCUAAGGUUGUAUUCGAGGCAGUGAGAAUGAUCCACUCAAGCAUGGCCGUGCACUGUUUGAAGGAGCUUACAACCACAUACAGUGUAACCAAAGCUGAGAUCACUGAUCUACUGCUCACCACAGACAAGCUUUAUGAGUGCAUACAGGGCAAAGAUAAACUCAUGAAGGAUGUUCACACCAUGUUAGUGAAAAGACAUCACUCAGUCAAGGGUGAAGAUUCUCAAUUUUCACCUCUCAUCCAGGAUAUUGCAAAGGAGACACCAGGUGUUGAAGAAAAUGUUCUAUUCAAUGCAGCCAAGCGCUUUGAAAAAGAUGCUGUCAUCUCUCAGCUUCUUGCCAGAUACCAAUACCUGAAGAAAAGGGAUUUCAGGGAGGCAAAGGACUGGGCAAAGAAUGCGAAAGAUCUUUCCAGAGAUAACUCCUACAUUUCUGACACAUCUGCACAAGUGAUCAAGCAUGAGCUAAAGAGUGAAAUACAAAGUGACAAAGAAGAUCCCAUAAGACCUGAAAGGCUCAAAGGCUAUCUUAGAAUGGCCCAGUCAGCAACAGAGGCCUUCAGGGAUACACAGGAAAUUGCAAAGAAGGAGGCUACUCUGAGAGUACAAAACAAGAGAGACAACAGCCCUUUCAACACUGCAGGGUGCCUUGGAGAAAUUCAGGUUGCAAUCAUCAUCAUCGAAAUACUGGAAAAAUGUCCAGUGUUUUCUUCAGGCAAUUGCCAUCAUGAUAUUCUGAGUGAAGUUCUGUCUGGCAGAUUUACAAUCCAAGAUGUUGCGAGGAAUGAUUCCAAACAUCACAAACAUGCCUUGUAUUACUGCAUUCUCCGUGAAUUUGAAGAUCUUUUGUACAACCUCAGACAUAACAUGAAGAGGCAUUUUGAUUUUCUUGACAGCUUUCAUGUCAAUUUGGGUCCCAGGUUCACCCUGAAAGACAGUCGAGAGGAAAGAACUCGACAGGAGCUCUUCCGGUGCUUUCAAAGAUACAGUGACCUCUUUUGCAAGACAGAUUCCACAGAAUUAAUGAAAAACAAGAACCUGAGCAUCAUGCUCCAAAUUCACAAGGCAAGGCAAUUUUUGGAGAUGAGAAAAGCUGAUACUUACUCUGGGAUUCUAAAUUGUCUCUCUAAUGUUACCUCAACUGACAUGAUGGUAAAGAUAGUCCUGCAGUAUGACUUCAUUCUGAGUAAAACUCCUGAAAGGAGCGUGAGAGAAAUGAUCAAUUUCAUCUAUGCCAAUGUUGUGCUAAGCUGUGUCAAACCUGAAUCUCAACACCUUCGCCCGUAUAAGAUCCUCAUUGAUCUUCUUUGCCAGGUUCUUCAAGGUCAAAUCCCAUCUGGUGAGACCUUGGCAUUGCACUUCAUUGCUGUAGCUCUGCUGUGGCCACAACAGAUCUUUAUGUCACAAACUGUGGAGUCUCAGAAGUUGGGAAGCUAUGUGUCACAGAUGAGGACAUCAUUCUGGAAUGAGAUGAAAUCUGUGUUGAAUGGAAAGUCGCCUGUUGUCCAUUUCUUCUUGGGGAAGAAACAGGGCUAUGACCGUCUUAUCCACCUUGGAGAACUUGAGAGGUGUGUAAGCCCACAAGAAAACUUUGCUUCGCUCUGGGAAAAUGGCAAAAUAUGGAAGCAUGAGAGGGUCAAGGAGCUCCUUUGCAGGGUGACAGGAUGGGUUCAAAGAAAAUUAAUUUUGGCAGUUCCCUGGAACACAGGCUCAAAGAUCGAAGUCAUUCCAAUGUUCAAAAGCCAGCUUUGUGGAAAAAUUGAGGGAGAAAAUGUGUCUUUUGUCAUUGGUUUCUCAAUGAAGGGCCCACUGGCUUUUGACAUAUAUUGAACAUCUAGAACAGCGUAACGGAUGCAAUCCCGGCCAGAGUGUUAAAAAUUGGUUCAACAUUGAAUCCUAUUAUAAACCUACUGUUAACAUUAACUAACACUCACACUUUAUCCCCCCCUUUUACCCUUUUAACUCUGACUUUGCUGAUAGUACAUUUUUCCUCAAAGUAGCUAACUAUGACUGAUAUGAGGCUGUUCCAUGUAGCUAUUUUAAGAUGAAUGCACUAACUGUGUCUGUUAAAUGACUAAAAUGUACACUACCGGUCAAAAGUUUUAGAACACCUACUCAUUCAAGGGUUUUUCUUUAUUUUUUACUAUUUUCUACAUUGUAGAAUAAUAGUAAAGACAUCAAAACUAUGAAAUAACACAUAUGGAAUCAUGCAGUAACCAAAAAAGUGUUAAACAAAUUAAAAAUAUAUUUUAUAUUUGAGAUUCUUAAAAUAGCCACCCUUCAACUUGAUGACAGCUUUGCACACUCUUGGCAUUCUCUCAACCAGCUUCAUCUGGAAUGCUUUUCCAACAGUCUUGAAGGAGUUCCCACAUAUGCUGAGAACUUGUUGGCUGCUUUUCCUUCACUCUGCGGUCUGACUCCUCCCAAACCAUUUCAAUUGUGGAGGCCAGGUCAUCUGAUGCAGCACUCCAUCACUCUCAUUCUUGGUGAAAAAGCCCUUACACAGCCUUGAGGUGUGUUGGGUCAUUGUCCUGUUGAAAAUCAAAUGAUAGUCCCACUAAGCCCAAACCAGAUGGGAUGGCGUAUCACUGCAGAAUGCUGUGGUAGGCAUGCUGGUUAAGGGUGCCUUGAAUUCUAAUACAUCACAGACUGUCAUCAGCAAAGCACCCUUACACCAUAAACUCCUCCUCCUCCAUGCUUUAGGGUGGGAACCACACAUGCAGAGAUAAUCCAUUCACCCACACCGCGUCUCACAAAGACACGGCGGUUGGAACCAAAAAUCUCCAAUUUGGAUUCCAGACCAAAGGACAAAUUUCCACUGGUCUAAUGUCCAUUGUUCAUGUUUCUUGGCCCAAGCAUGUCUCUUCUUAUUAUUGGUGUCCUUUAGUAGUGGUUUCUUUGCAGCAAUUCGACCACAGAGGCCUGAUUCACACAGUCUCCUCUGAACAGUUGAUGUUGAGAUGUGUCUGUUACUUGAACUCUGUGAAUCAUUUAUAUGGGCUGCAAUUUCUGAGACUGGUAACUCUAGUGAACUUAUCCUAUGCAGCAGAGGUAACUCUGGGUCUUCCAUUCCUGUGGCGGUCCUCAUGAGAGCCAGUUUCAUCAUAGCGCUUGAUGGUUUUUGCGACUGCAUUUGAAGAAACUUUCAAAGUUCUUGAAAUGUUCCGUAUUGACUGACCUUCAUGUCUUAAAGUAAUGAUGGACUGUCGUUUCUCUUUGCUUAUUUGAGCUGUUCUUGUCAUAAUAUGUACUCAAUCUAUUACCAAAUAGGGCUAUCUUCUGUAUACCACCCCUACCUUGUCACAACACAACUGAUCUCAACCGCAACUGUCUCAAACACAUUAAUAAGGAAAGAAAUUCCAUUUUGGGUGACUACCUCAUGAAGCUGGUUGAGAGAAUGCCAACAGUGUGCUCAGCUGUCAUCAAGUCGAAGUGUGGCUAUUUGAAGAAUCUCAAAUAUAAAAUAUAUUUUGAUAUGUUUAACACUUUUUUGGUUACGACAUGAUACCAUAUGUGUUAUUUCAUAGUUUUGAUGUCUUCACUAUUAUUCUACAAUGUAGAAAAUAGUACAAAUAAAUUAAAACCCUUGAAUGAGUAGGUGUUCUAAAACUUUUGACCGGUAGUGUAAAUAUAAAAUGUACUGUAUACAUGAUCUAAUCUGGGUUUUUGUCACAUUGUUGCAAUAUUAUAUCUCUAGCAAACACUCCAGGAUGUAUUUCUUUCAAGCACAUAUUUAGGUUUAAUAUUGAGUAAGGAAAUAUUACUAUUUUACCAUUUACUAUUACUACUACUGUAUAUGUGUUCCAAUUUCAUUUGACUGUUUGUACUGUUUUGCUGUUCUUUGGUUUUACCAUUUACUGUUAGUACUAUAUGCAUUCCAAGUUUGAUUUACUGUUUGUACUGUGCUAAUGCUUAUAUUUCCUUGGUUUUACCAUUUAGUAUAUGCAUUCCAAUUUUAUUUGACUGUUUUACUGUUUGUUUUUAAAAUUAUAUUGAUAUAAUUGUUUUAUGUUUAUAUGUGCAGUGCAGCUAUCCAGUGAGACAUUUUGAUUCAUGUGUUUCUAAAUGCACUGAUGUUUGUAAAAAUUAUUAUUUGUUAAAAUAACUCCAAAGCACUCGGUAUCAUAACCAUGUAGUAAAUACUCCAAUCAUGUUUCCUGAAUAAAAAUUACAUUUA